AUGGAGCAUCGACGAGUUGUGAUGGAAGAGUUGAUGGAUAAGAUCAAUGUGUUGAGAAGAGAAUUUGGAGACACGAAUGCGAGAUUAACUGAAGAUGUAGAAUUCGCAACAAAUAAAAAUAUAAAAUUGGAAAGAGAAAAGAAAGGAAGAAUAUUGGAAAUUAUGAGAAAAGACCAGAAAAUCCUUCGACUCCAGGCGAGUGUCAGCGAUGAAAAAAUAGAGAAGUUCAUUGAAAAAGAGCAUAAGAAGACGGAUGUACUGCAUAAAAGUAUUAUGGAAGCACAUAAAGAAAUUCUGAUAAGACAAGAAGAGCAAGAUGGAGAAUUGAAGCCGUGGAGAAAAUGUAGAAUCUGUUUUGAGGAAUAUGAAGAAGAGUUGGAGCAUAGUCCUCAGGUUCUCGAAUGUGGUCAUACUGUCUGCUACCGAUGUCUCUGGAAAAUGGCCGACCCAGAUGGUGUAUUGUGUCCAUUCGAUCGUAUCACCACUAUUUGUAGAAAAAGAAACCUGCGUCUUCUCCUCAAAAAUUUUGCCGUUCUGCAAAUGUAA